GCGGGCGCGCGGGCGGGGAGGGAGGGAGGGAGUGAGUGAUGUGAACGCGCGGGCGCUGGAGGAGCGGGCAGACGAUACAUUGUAGCCGAGCACCGAUGGACGAUACACUGUAGCCGAGCGCAGACAGAGAGAGACACACACACACGCGCUGCAGAUGGAUACUGUGUAGCCGACGCUACUGAUGGAUACAUUGUAGCAACAGCCCCGAUGGAGACUUUGUAGCCGAGCCGCGAGUAACAUUGUAACUAUGCGAGCCGGUGGAUCGCGCCGCUGAGGAGGAGAAAUGGGUCCCGCGCUGAGGAAUUUGCUGCUGUGUAGCGUCUGCUCCUUGAUCAGGGGGUCCCCGCUGUUGCUGUUUGCCAACCGCCGAGACCUGCGGCUGGUGGACGUGUCCGGUGGGAAGACAAACGCCACGGUGCUGGUGGCCGGGCUGGAGGAUGCGGCUGCGGUCGACUUUGUCUUCUCCGAGGACCUGGUCUAUUGGACUGACGUGAGCGAGGAGGCGAUCAAGGUGAUCUUCCUCAACCAGACAGACAACACCCAGAAUGUGGUGAUAUGGGGACUGGUCUCGCCCGAUGGCCUGGCAUGCGACUGGCUGGGGAGGAAGUUGUACUGGACCGACUCGGAGACUAAUCGGAUCGAAGUGGCUGAUCUGGACGGGUCGCUGCGAAAAGUGUUAUUCUGGCAAGAUCUCGACCAGCCCAGGGCCAUCACCCUGGAUCCAGGCCGGGGGUACAUGUAUUGGACAGAUUGGGGUGAAGUGCCAAAGAUUGAACGGGCUGGAAUGGAUGGUACAAAGAGAUCCAUUAUAAUUGACAGUAAUAUUUACUGGCCGAAUGGGCUGACGUUGGAUUAUGAAGAAGAAAAACUAUACUGGGCCGAUGCUAAGUUGAGCUUCAUUCACCGAUCAAACUUCGAUGGGACUUUCCGGCAAGUUGUAGUGGACGGAUCUCUUCCACAUCCGUUUGCGUUGACUUUGUUUGGGGACAUGCUGUACUGGACAGACUGGAACACGCACUCGAUACACGCAUGUAAUAAAUACACUGGAGAAUAUCGGCAUGAGGUGCACAGUAACAUCUUCUCCCCCAUGGAUAUCCACGUCUUCAACCAACAACGACAGCCUCACGCAACCAACCCCUGUGGGACCAACAAUGGUGGCUGCUCCCACCUGUGCCUGAUGUCUCCAGUUGAACCUUUCUUCCAUUGUGCUUGUCCAACUGGUGUGCAGCUGCUAGAGGAUGGAGCCAAGUGCAAAGAUGGUGCAUCGGAGCUGCUGCUGUUGGCUCGUCGGACAGACUUGAGGCGGAUAUCCUUGGACACUCCCGACUUUACAGAUGUGAUACUGCAGCUGGACGAUAUCCGGCACGCCAUCGCCAUCGACUACGACCCAGUGGAAGGCUAUAUCUACUGGACCGAUGACGAAGUGCGAGCCAUCAGGAGGUCCUACCUGGAUGGCUCCAGCAGCCAGUUUGUGGUCACCUCUCAGAUCAACCACCCUGACGGCAUUGCAGUGGACUGGGUAGCUCGCAACCUCUACUGGACAGAUACUGGCACUGACCGCAUCGAGGUCACUCGGCUCAACGGCACAAUGCGCAAAAUUCUCAUCUCCGAGGAUCUCGAUGAACCAAGAGCAAUUGUGCUUGACCCCAUGUCUGGGUACAUGUAUUGGACGGAUUGGGGUGAGAAUCCCAAGAUAGAACGCGCUGCCUUGGAUGGCACGGACAGGGUUAUUCUCGUUAAUACGUCGUUGGGUUGGCCGAAUGGUUUAGCUCUGGAUUACGAAGAAAAGAAAAUGUACUGGGGCGAUGCGAAGACGGACAAAAUUGAGGUGAUGAAUUGUGACGGUACUGACAGGCGGGUGCUAGUGGAGGACAAGCUGCCUCACAUCUUUGGUUUCACCAUCCUGGGCGACUACAUCUACUGGACGGACUGGCAGAGACGCAGCAUUGAGCGUGUUCACAAAACAUCUGCCGAGAGGGAGACCAUCAUUGACCAGCUGCCCGACCUGAUGGGUCUGAAGGCAACCAAUGUCCACCGCAUCUUGGGUACCAACCCAUGUGCGGAGAACAACGGUGACUGCAGCCACCUGUGCCUGUACAAGCCUCAAGGUGUACGAUGUGCCUGUCCCAUCGGCCUGGAGCUGAUCCGGGACAUGAGGACCUGCAUCAUUCCUGAAGCCUUCCUUCUCUUCUCUCGUCGGGCCGACAUCAGGCGGAUCUCGCUGGAAACCAACAACAACAACGUGGCCAUCCCGCUGACUGGUGUGAAGGAGGCUUCAGCCCUGGACUUCGAUGUGACCGACAAUCGCAUUUACUGGACAGAUAUCAGCUUGAAGACCAUCAGCCGGGCAUUCAUGAACGGCAGUGCUCUGGAGCACGUGGUGGAGUUUGGCCUGGACUACCCUGAAGGCAUGGCGGUGGAUUGGCUGGGCAAGAACCUGUACUGGGCUGACACCGGCACCAACCGCAUCGAGGUAGCCCGGCUGGACGGGCAGCACCGGCAGGUGUUGGUGUGGAAGGAUCUGGACAGCCCCCGGGCCCUGGCACUGGACCCAGCUCAAGGGUUUAUGUACUGGACUGAGUGGGGAGGUAAGCCAAAGAUCGACAGGGCUGCCAUGGAUGGAACCGGCAGGAUCACUCUGGUUCCAAGUGUUGGACGAGCAAACGGACUAACUAUUGAUUACGCAGAGCGGAGGCUAUACUGGACGGAUCUGGAUACAAGUCUGAUCGAAUCCUCCAAUAUGCUGGGUCUGGAUCGGGAGGUGAUUGCCGAUGAUCUCCCUCAUCCAUUCGGCUUAACACAAUACCAAGACUACAUCUACUGGACGGACUGGAGCCGGCGUAGUAUUGAACGGGCCAACAAAACCAGCGGGCAAAACCGCACCAUCAUCCAAGGCCACUUGGACUACGUGAUGGAUAUCCUGGUGUUCCAUUCCUCAAGGCAGGGCGGGUGGAACGAGUGCUCUUCCAGCAAUGGCCACUGCACCCACCUGUGUUUGGCCAUGCCGGCUGUUGGCUACGUGUGUGGAUGCCCAGCUCACUACUACCUCAACGUGGACAACAAGACCUGUAGCCCUCCAACUUCGUUUUUGCUGUUCAGUCAAAAGAAUGCGAUUAAUCGAAUGGUUAUUGAUGAACAGCAGAGUCCAGAUAUCAUCCUUCCCAUCCACAGCCUGAAAAAUGUCCGGGCCAUCGAUUAUGAUCCCGUCAACAAACAUCUCUAUUGGAUCGAUUCUCGUCAAAAUGUUAUCCGGCGUGCACAGGAAGAUGGGAGCCAGAGUUUUACAGUCGUGACGAGCGCUCUCCCCAACCAGAACAUAGACAUGCAGGCGUAUGACCUCAGCAUCGACAUCUACAGCCGCUACAUCUAUUGGACAUGCGAGGCUACCAAUGUUAUCAACGUCAUGAGACUGGAUGGGAAACCAAUCGGUGUUGUUCUAGACGGGGAGCAAGAUCGACCACGAGCCAUCGUCGUCAACCCAGAGAGGGGGUACAUGUACUUCACCAACCUUCAGGACCGGUCUCCGCAGAUCGAGCGGGCAGCUCUGGACGGGACGGAACGCGAGGUGCUGUUCUUCAGCGGCCUCAGCAAACCCGUCACUCUGGCCAUCGACAACAAGUUUGGCAAACUUUUCUGGGCCGACUCCGACCUGCGCCGCAUUGAGAGCAGCGACCUGUCAGGUGCAAACCGCGUGGUUCUGGAAGAUGCGAACAUCCUUCAGCCUGUGGGCCUCACCAUCUUCGGCGACCACUUGUACUGGAUCGACAGACAGCAGCAGAUGAUCGAGAGGAUUGAGAAGACAAAUGGUCACAGUCGGACAAAGAUCCAAGCGCGCAUCGCCCAGCUCAGCGAUAUCCACGCCGUGAAAGAGCUCGACCCACAGGGUUUUGCUGAACACCCGUGCGCUCAGGAUAACGGAGGCUGUUCCCACAUCUGUAUCGUGAAGGGUGACGGGACUGCUCGCUGCUCGUGCCCAGUCCACCUGGUGCUACAUCAGGACGAGCUCUCCUGCGGAGACCCACCGACCUGCGCACCUGACCACUUCACCUGUGCCACAGGUGAUGUCGACUGCAUCCCGCUGGCAUGGCGAUGUGACGGAUACCCAGAGUGUGAUGAUCAGAGUGACGAGCAACACUGCCCAGUGUGUUCCGACAGCCAGUUCCAGUGCACCAGUGGCCAGUGCAUCGACAUUGUCCUCAGGUGCAACGGAGAAUCCAACUGCCAGGACAAGUCUGAUGAGGAGAAAUGUGAAGUUCUGUGCCCCAUGGACCAAUUCCGAUGUGCCAAUGGCCAAUGCAUUGCCAAGCAUAAAAGAUGUGACCAGAACAGCGACUGUACUGACAAUUCAGAUGAAGUUACCUGCUAUCCCACUGAGGAGCCAACGCCUCAGCCCACCAACACCAUCGGUUCGAUUAUCGGGGUCAUCCUCUCGGUCUUUGUGAUCGGAGCCAUGUACUUCAUCUGCCAGCGUGUUCUGUGCCCGCGCAUGAAGGGCGAUGCGGAGACCAUGACAAAUGAUUUUGUUGUACGUGGGUCGGCAUCGGUGCCUCUGGGCUAUGUUCCCCACACCAGCUCUCUCCCGGGAUCACUGCAAGGCAUGUCCCGGGGCAAGUCUGUGAUGAGUUCCCUCAGUAUUAUGGGGGGCAGCAGUGGACCCCCCUAUGACAGAGCCCACGUCACAGGAGCCUCAUCCAGCAGCUCCUCAAGUACCAAAGGCACAUACUUCCCUCCUAUGCUGAAUCCACCCCCUUCCCCAGCCACAGAACGGUCACAGUACACCAUGGAAUUUGGUUACUCUUCAAACAGCCCUUCUAUUCAUAGAUCAUACAGCUACAGACCGUACGCCUACCGCAACUUUGCUCCACCCACCACUCCGUGCAGCACCGAUGUUUGUGACAGUGACUACACUCCGGGACGGAGAGUGGCCCCAACUAAAUGUUACAGCGAUCUGAACUAUGACUCGGAGCCGUUCCCUCCUCCUCCAACACCUCGGAGCCAGUACCUGUCGGCUGAGGAGAACUAUGAAAGCUGCCCCCCUUCGCCUUAUACAGAACGGAGUUACUCCCACCACCUGUAUCCACCUCCCCCGUCUCCAUGCACAGACUCUUCCUGAACCAACGCAAAACCGCUUCUACCCUCACUGUAAAUAAUUGUUAAUAUGAAGAGACUAACUAGGUGGAAGAAAUACCAAGGACACGGGACAUGCGGUUUGUACAGUGAGAAUAAAUUAGACAGGGAGGGGAGGGAAUCGAGUUGUACAUUACAGAGGAUAUUUAUAUAUUUUCUAUCAGCACCUGCUGGAUGUGCCAUAAAAAAAUUGUAAACAUUUGUACAAAUGAAAGAAAAGAAUUUUCUCCAAACAAAACAUAAAAUGCCUUAAUGCAGGAAAGCAAGUGUACCUAAGAAGAGACGAAAGUAAACUGGCACAUAGAUGAAUAGGGCACAGAACAAUGGUUUGUGUCUGCACUGCCUCGAGAGGACCGACAGAGGCCGAGCCAGCGGUGUUGCUGUGUGGAGCUGGUGUGCGGUGUUGCUGUGUGGAGCUGGUGGGGGACCUUGUUUCGUGUGAUUCCGCAGUACUCACUUGAAGGAGAGCUACCUGCAGAAUCGGGGCACGGAGUUUCCUGUUACACCAGCGUUCCUGUGGGUCCUGCCACUCGGCCUGCCAUCAGCGUUGAAGUCAGCGUGUACAGCCAACUCUCUCAGAAGCUGCCGCUCACCCUGGCUGCAAAUGGGGUGCAGUGAAAACCACUCCUGCCUGCUCUUGUUGCCGCGAAAACCAGCGCGGAAAAAAUGGUGGCAAAACACCUGUGACGUUUUACAGAAUCAUCUGCCCUGAUACCUUUUAAAAAAAAUACUCAAUGAGCUUUUAACUUCAGUGCCCAAACGUUCUGAGUGUAUUUUUAUAUCACAUGUUGUGUAGAUACCCUAUUUAUAAGCUAUGAAAUAACCUUGUAUUGGAGGUUCUGUAAAGCCUGUCCAUAUAUCCUUACAAUACUUUCAUGUAUAGUUUUAUUGUUACACUUUAUUUUAUUUUUCUAUAAAACAUUAGUACAAGGGAUAACGACAAUCUCAGAUUUUUUUUAAUAGGCCAGAUAAGCUUUUUAUUUCUCCGUGUACCAAAUGUAAAUUUUCCACCAUCACGAGGUCCUGGGCAAAAAUACAGCAAUCAGCUUUAUAUUCCAGAAGGUGCCAUUGAAUAGUUACAUUCACAGCAAAGACUGAACACUUUUUAAAAGUCUCUAUGAUCGACUGAGAUGUUUGGUGGAUCUUAAUUGUGUUGAGCUCUUCGGACGUCAUUUCUUAUUUAAAUCGGUUAACAUUUUCUACUUUGGUCACAAAGCAUGUGUCAGUCAGCUUGUAGAUGACAAUGUUUAGCCUGUCUGGGCUCUGUCGGACCGACCGCCUGGUCCACUUGUCCCAGCUUACCUCCGUGUAAUGGCGGAACUCUGUGCCAAAUGUUCCUACAUGAAGCAUCUGAAGGUGGUGUGUCUCUAAAACAGCAACCUUGAUUGCAAGUGAAGGGUCUCGUGCUUCUGAAUGCUUAUCCCCCUCCCGUUCCCACUUGGAGAGACAGUUGUAUUUCGGUGAUACCCCUGUGACCAUCUCCUCAGCAUCCACUCUGCCCCGUCCCAGUAACGCAACUGUUUGCAAGGGUGUGGCUUAAAUUACUGGCCAAUAUUUGGUCAAUAGCAUUCUCAAAACGUAAAAUGUUUAAGAAGGAACUGCGUAUGCUGGAAAAAUCGAAGGUAGACAAAAAUGCUGGAGAAACUCAGCGGGUGAGGCAGCAUCUGUGGAGCGAAGGAAUAGGUGACGUUUCGGGACCCCCUGAGUUUCUCCAGCAUUUUUGUCCACAUUCGAAAUGUAAAAUGUGCUUUAAGUGUGUGAGCUGAUUUUUUUUCAUAAAGCACCUUGUACAAAGUCUUUUCUGUUCUUAUCAAGUUGUAACAAAUGAGAAGUUGAUUUUUAUAAUUAAAAGCCAGUGAAAUCUGUA